AUGACUAGGAACCGUAAUCGAAAUUUGUUUACCUUUGAUGGAUUACUUGAGAAUUUUCAAAGCAACUCCGUUUCUACUAGCCACACGCCCUCAAACAUGAACACCAGUAAGAUGCUAUCUGGGCCCAGAUUGCCUUGUGAUUUUGAUAUGCGAAAAGAGCAUGCUAUAAAGAGCAAAGAAGAUGAAGCUUUUAGCAAAGGCCAUCAAUUGUCUUCUGGUGCCUCAGUCCAAGAUAUUGGUCAUGAAACGAAUUCCUCCAUCUGUACCGCCUCUUUUGAUCUCUUGCCUUUUCAAGCGCUGCCGAAAUCCAGAGAUCAGGUAGGAAUCUUGAAAGGCUUUUUUGAUACACUUAGUGGCAAGCCUUUAGCAAGUUAA